CUGCACGCGCACCGAGACAGGGCUGGUGGAUCUUGUGCCGAAUGUUUCGCGGGCUGGAUGAAGGGGCCGGCGUGUUCUCCAGCCUCCUGCUGUGUGCCGUGUGCCUGAGCUCUGCCAUGGAGACCUGCCAGAUCCACCGAGGGGCCGCGGCAGGUUUCCUCCUCCAAGCUCUCGCGCCGCUCCUGGAAUCAGCCGCUCCCUUCGCUGCGCCUCUGGGGCUCGGCUGGGUUUCGGAGUCCCUGGACAGCGCCUGGAUCUCCACGGCGGUCGGCCUCUCGCUGCUGGCAUUUGCGUUCCACUGGCUGAGCGGUGACCACUGCACCGCCAACAUCCUCUUGGGAGGGGUGUUGCUGGUGGCUGCCAGCUCAGGCUACCUGAGAGAAGAAGGCAAGGCCAUGGCGGCCCAUUCCGUCACCAUGGUCGCCUCCGUCACCAUCUUGAUAGUCUCCGUGUUUACUGGGAAUGCCUACGGGAUCGCGGGCAGCCUGCUGGCGGGCACCGCAGGCGUGCUGGCGGGCACCGAGCUGCAGCGGCUGCUGAUACUGCGGAAGAGGGACGUCCUUUGUUGUCUCAUGGCGGCGGCCAACCUGACUUGGCGGUGGGCGCUUCAAGUGCAGCACCAAGAACUGGAGCAGGGGUCUGUGGGUCUGCUGGCCGAGAUGUCUGACUGAGGCCCACGUGUUGCAGGACGUGUUCUAGGAGCUUGAGUCCCGUACACUUUAGAGCCUGCUCCAUGCCCUUCGAGUAGUGGGCCUCCCAGAAGCCUUUGCAGUAUUGCCGCAGUGCCGUUACGCAUCUUCCGGAUUGUAUUUGGCACCCUCUGUGACCCCAUGAGGCACGCUGUGGUAUUGCGUUAGCACGCCAACGCACCUUGGGCUCAUGUGAUGCUGGGUCGCGCCUCCUGCUUGGGGUUGUGCCGGUUGCACGGUGGAAGUUCUGCAACCUGCCGCUGCCAAUGAAUUCUGUUAAGCGUCUUGCUCCGGCAACUGGGAAUCUGAGCGAAACAUGGCUCGUCUUGCCGCUGGGGCUCUUAAA